AUGAUCGGAGAAUACGCAGAUGAACAUUGGCAGGAAAGUGAUCACGUGAAAGAAAUAGAAAUUUGGAAUCAAGAGAAAGACGUACUGGGCAUGAACGUUCACAAAAUGAUCGACAAUCUUAGCAGUCGAGGAGGCGACCCUGAAGAAUGUUUGAUUCAUUUUCUAGUAAAAUGCAGUAAAGAUCUGCGAGACGGCUGCUGCAGGGACGUCGUGCGUGUUUUGCUCGUUCUCCGAUUUGCUUUGCACCCCUUUGUAGAAGGCGGCGGCGGCGGCGGCGGCGGCGGCAGUAGCGUCCCCGUCUUUACGAGCACCCCGUCUCUACCAAUCUCGCUGGCUGGGAGACGCAGUAUGAGAUACAUGCAACGAACAUAUCAAAGGAACUGGCAAUUCUGGCAACGUGGCUGCAACAGUGUCAACGGUAGCGGAUAUCGCAAUGGAGAUGAGAACAAUGGCAAGUGGAUUCUCUAUGAGAUUUUGGAGUACGUUAUGUGCCAACGAGACGACAGAAUUGGUGGCGGAGCAGUGCGGGGCGAGUGUGCAGAGGGAGCGGAGCGGGCGGGGAACGCACAGGUGCGGGAGGGCAAGGCGCGACGGAAUGAUGAUCCGGCGGGAAUGAUGAUCCCGACGGAUGAUCCGGCGGGACGGGGAAUAACGGCGGAGACAGCUCGAGGCGGUAGGAACGAGUCUGCGCUGGAGGGGUGUAGGUACGAGCCGCAUAUAACUACGCAGUUGUUCGGAUUGGUGCUCAAUUUUACAAUGAUCGUGUCCUUCCUGAAAGGUACUGCAUACCUUGACCAGGGGCACGCCCACUUCCUUGAGGUGGUCGGCCGGGCCGAUGCCGGAGCGCAGCAAGAUGGCCGGCGUGUUGACGGCGCCCGCGCACAGAAUCACCUCCUUGGUGGCCGUCACCUCGUACUCCAGGCCGUCGUGGACGUAGCGCACCCCGCGCGCGCGCGCGCCCUCCAGCACCAGCGUGGUGACGUAGCUGCGCGGCCGCAGGAAGAGGUUGGGGCGGCGGCGCGCCUUGCGCAGGUAGCCUGCGUUGGCCGACCAGCGCGCGCCGUGCCACGUGGUGGUCUGGAUGCGGUGCAUGCCCAGCUGCUCGCCCGCGUUGUAGUCGUCGGGCGUGGGGAAGCCCGCCUCGCGAGCGCCCCUCAGGAACAGCUUGCCCAU